UUUUGUAUCAAACCCUUUUGUUAUAAAAAUAGAAAAAAGGGAACCUGAGGAAAACGGGGAAAAUGGGCCAGAGGAACUCUGUGAAGAGUACCCUAUUGAUCUUGAAGAAAUAAAAGUCGAAGAAGGUCAAAAUACGACGACUUCUGACGAUUUCAAUCAUGAUUUUCAUCCUGAAGAUGAAAAUUCCGAGAAAAUUUUCGUCGUUGACGGAAUAGUCUGCGAAGAAAAGUCCGGAGACAAUUUUUCCGGUAAAAAAAGUGACCCAAUAUCCAAAUGUGAGAUCUGCAAUAAAGAAUACUCGAAAUACUACAUGAAAGAGCACUACAGGACUCACACGGGAGAAAAGCGGCACAAAUGCGAAAAGUGUCCCGCAAAAUUCGUCCGUAAAAGCAACCUUACCAAGCACAUGCUCACUCACACGGGGAAAAAGCCCUACCAGUGUAACAUCUGCUUGUCGAAUUUCCGCGGAAAAGCAACCUUGGACAGACACAUGAUGAUCCACACUGGGGAAAGACCCUUCCAGUGUCGGCUCUGUCCGAUGAAAUUCCGCGACAAGAGCACGUUGGUUGGCCACGAGGCGCUUCAUACCGCCGAUUAUGAUUACAAGCCCUUUCAGUGUAAUUUUUGCCCCCUUAAAUUCCGGUUUAGAAGCAGUCUUAACCAACACAGGUACAUCCAUGCCCCGGAAAAACCGUUUCAAUGUCACGAUUGUGGAAAUAAAUAUUAUUCGAAGAAGAGUUUAAGAGCUCACCUUAAAGCUCACCCAAAAAAGGACAGUCCUUUUGUUAUAAAAAUAGAAAAAAGGGAACUUGAGGAAAAUGGGGAAAAUGGGCCAAAGGAACUCCGUGAAGAGUACCCUAUUGAUUUCGAAGAGAUAAAAGUCGAAGGAAAUCUAAAUUCAACGACUUCUGACAAUCUAAAUCAUGAUGCUCUUUCUGAGGAAGAAAAUUCCGAGAAAAUUUUCGUCGUCGACGGAAUAGUCCGCGAAGAAAAGCCAGAAGACGAUUUAUCCGGUAAGAAAAGUGUCGAAAUGUACAAAUGUAAGUUCUGCAACAAAGAAUAUUCAAAGUACUACAUAAAGGAGCACCACAUGACUCACACGGGAGAAAAGCGAUACAAAUGCGAGCAGUGUCCCAUGAAAUUCCUCCGGAAAAGCAACCUCAACAAGCACUUGAUCAUUCACACGGGGAUUAAGCCUGCCCAGUGUAACAUCUGCUUGGGAAAAUUCUGCGGAAAAGCCAGCUUGAAAAGACACAUGAUGAUCCACACCGGGGAAAGACCUUGGCACUGUUGGGUUUGUUCGAUGACAUUUCGUAACAAGAGCACGAUGCUCAGUCACGUGGUGCUGCAUGACGCCGAUUGCGUUGUCAAGCCCUUUCAGUGCGAAUUUUGCCCCCUUAAAUUCCGGCACAGGGGCACUCUUAAACAACACAGGUUACUCCACGCCCCGGAAAAACCGUUUCAAUGUCAUGAUUGUGGAAAAAAUUAUUAUUCGAAGCAGAGUUUGAGAGCUCAUCUCCGCAAAAUUCACCAUAAAAAGGAAAGUUAAGAUUUUUCCUACCUUACUGGUUAAUUAUUAUUUAU